GCUCGGCUGCCAACCGUCAAACAUGGGGAGAGGAUGCGGGAGGGCUGCCCCUCCGCGCCGUAGGCCCGCCCCGGUGUGGCUUGAAGGGGGAGCCGCGCUCGCCGGCAAAUUUCAGGGCGGAAGGCAAUCCGGCAAGGUUCCUGCCACCUAUAAGUACAUGCAGAAACAUCAGAAUCAUGGAGGGGCUCUUGCAUUACAUAAAUCCAGCACAUGCCAUUUCACUUCUAAGUGCGCUGAAUGAGGAGCGUCUGAAAGGACAGCUGUGUGAUGUUGUUCUUAUAGUAGGAGAUCAGAAAUUUCGAGCUCAUAAAAAUGUUCUGGCUGCCAGCAGUGAAUACUUCCAAACUCUGUUCACAAAUAAGGAGAAUGAGUCUCAGUCAGUGUUUCAACUCGACUUUUGUGAACCAGAUGCUUUUGAUAAUGUUUUAAACUACAUUUAUUCUUCAUCCUUGUUCAUUGAAAAAGGCAGUCUUGCAGCUGUGCAAGAACUGGGCUACAGUCUUGGAAUAUCCUUUCUCACAAACAUUGUUUCUAAGAGUCCUCAAGCUCCUUUUCCUGCUUGCCCUGUUAAGAAAAUAUUGUAUCAAGAUGAAGACGAAAGUAGUUCUCAGAAGAGAAGUGUCAUUGUUUGUCAGAACAGAAUUGAAGCACAAGUGAAAAGUGUAAGUCAAACACAACAUGAUUUAAGCCAUACUUCUAAACCUUCACCCUCUGUUGCUGUCAAAACUAGCAGUAGACCACAAGUAACAAAACCAACUGAAACCCUUCAUAACUUAUCACUGACUGAAAGGAGAUGGCUGAAAGAAAGCCCUGUGAGCUAUACCAAGCUUCAUGAAACUUCUGGAACUGUGGAGGAUCAGAGCAGAGGUGGUUUAGUGAAAAGGAACACAGUGCUGCCUCAAAUGCCGUUAGCAGAGAAAGAAAUUGCAAGCGAUGAACCAGGAAGCAGUGGUCAGCUUUUAAGAGCAAAGGCCGCAGAGAUGUCAUUAAAAAGACUGCGUCCACCAGUCUUGUCUCUGCGUGGUGCAUCAGAAUCUACAUUUUUGUUGCGAGAGGCAGGAAAAGGAAAUGGUCAAGGUGAAGACAGGAAUUUGCUGUACUACUCAAAGUUAGGGCUAGUAAUUCCAUCUAGCGGAUCUGGUCCAGAAAACCAAAGUAUUGACAGAAGUGGGCCACUUGUAAAAAGUCUCCUUCGAAGGUCACUGUCCAUGGACAGCCAGGUUCCUAUUUACUCGCCUUCUGUUGACCUAAAACCUUCACAGGUAUCAUCAUCCUCCUCACCGGGAACUAACGAUUCCCAGAAGAUAUUUAAUGUUGUAUCUCAGAAGUCGUCCUUGAAGGAGUCAUCAGAGAAGUUAGUCUUAGAUGAAAAACCCCAGGUAAUACACCCGCAUCGCCUUAGAUCUUUCAGUGCCUCUCAGUCAACUGAUAGGGAGGUUGCUUCCCCUCUCACAGAGGUGCGAAUAAAAACUGAACCUAGCAGCCCGCUUUCAGAUCCUGCCGAAAUAAUAAGAGUUACAGUGGGUGAUGCUUCAGCAUCGACAAAUAAAGACUUUCCUUUUAAAACCGAGGAUGAUCAUAAGGAACCAAGCAGAAUUCCAGCAAAAAGGAGUUUUCAAGACGACAGAAGACUACCGUUUAAGAAACAGAAGGCGGAUGAGCAGGGUUCUCCUGGGUCAGAAGAUAACUUUGGGGAAGGCUCAAGCCCUACGCACCUUGAUGCUGAUUUUCCUGAUUCUGAUGUCAGUAAAGAUGAAUACAGUGAGAUGGAAGAAGCAAGACCAAAUAAAAAAUUUAAAUGCAAGCACUGCCUUAAAAUUUUCCGGUCAACAGCAGGUCUUCAUCGUCAUGUUAACAUGUAUCAUAAUCCAGAAAAGCCCUAUGCUUGUGACAUAUGCCACAAGAGAUUUCACACAAAUUUCAAGGUGUGGACCCACUGCCAGACACAACAUGGAAUCGUGAAGAAUCCCUCGCCUGCUUCCAGUUCACAUGCUGUUUUGGAUGAAAAAUUCCAAAGAAAACUGAUCGAUAUAGUGAGAGAGAGAGAAAUUAAAAAAGCUCUAAUAGUUAAACUAAGACGUGGCAAGCAAGGUUUUCAGGGACAGUCUGCUUCACAAGCACAACAAGUCAUCAAACGAAAUUUAAGAUCGAGAACCAAAGGAGCCUAUCUUUGCACCUACUGUGGGAAAGCUUAUCGUUUCCUCUCACAAUUUAAACAGCACAUAAAAAUGCACCCAGGGGAGAAACCAAUUGGAGGAAAUAAGGCUCCUAAGCCGAAAGAUCAUGCUCAUAUCGAAAGUCCAGUAGAAAGCAAAGAGGUUUAUCAGUGCCGUCUCUGCAACGCCAAGCUCUCUUCACUUAUUGAACAGGGAAAUCAUGAGCGACUCUGUAGAAAUGCUACUAUCUGUCCUUACUGCGGCGUCAGAUUUUCUUCUCCAGAGCUGAAGCAUGAGCAUGAAAGCAAGUGUGAAUACAAGAAGCUUACUUGUCUUGAGUGUAUGCGUACCUUUAAAUCAUCCUUUAGUAUUUGGCGUCAUCAAGUUGAAGUUCACAAUCAAAACACAAUGGCUCCAUCAGAGAACUUUUCUUUACCUAUCCUGGAUCACAAUGGAGAAAUUACUAGCUCGUCAAGAUUGCCUCCCCAGUCAGAGUCCAAUAAAAUGAACAAUUUUGUUGCUGCGAAGGAAGAUGGUGUAUUCAGUGAUUCGUCAGAACAAAUAAAUUUUGAUUCUGAAGAUUCCUCAUGCCUACCUGAAGACUUAAGUGUUUCCAAGCAGUUUAAAAUUCAGAUCAAAGAAGAGCCUGCAGAUGAUGUAGAGGAUGAGGUCAGCGAAACGAGCAGAGAACCUAAGGAAGUAGUCUCCAACAAGGAUGCUGGUUUGUGGCCCUGUGAAAAGUGUGGGAAGAUUUUCACUGUACGCAAACAGCUGGAGCGUCACCAAGAGCUCUUAUGCUCUGUGAAACCAUUUAUUUGUCACGUGUGUAACAAGGCCUUCCGAACCAAUUUCCGUCUGUGGAGUCACUUCCAGUCUCAUAUGUCACAGACCGCAGAGGAAUCCGCAAAUAAAGAGCCUGAGAUAUGUCCACCAGCUAAUUCCCCAUCACCACCACCCUUACCUCCACCCCCACCCCUCCCCAAAAUCCAGCCUUUGGAGCCUGAUAGUCCAACAGGCUUGUCUGAAAGCUCCACUACUACUGAAAAAUUAUUUGUACCACAGGAGUCAGAUACGCUCUUCUAUCAUGCUCCACCACUCUCAGCAAUCACGUUCAAAAGACAAUACAUGUGUAAGCUCUGUCAUAGGACUUUCAAGACAGCUUUUAGUCUUUGGAGCCACGAACAGACACACAAUUAGCUUUAACAGAUACCUUAAAAAGCUAGUUCAGUGGAGGCUGUGUUCAGGAUUUCAGAUGUAUGCCAUAUAAACUAGAAACCUAAGAGGAUCAAGAUAACAACGACGACGAUGGAAAAAUUUGGAAUUUGUGAUGCUGCUUGGAUUGGAAGAUUAAGGUAAACUAAUUUAGUUAGUAGGUAGAAAGCAGAGUAAUUUAAAAUACUGUGGUCUGGGAUCUAAUAGUAACAGAAUAAUUUUUAUUUCAUUUAACACUGAAAUACGAUCACAUCUGGAUUGUAUGCAUGGAUCUUCAUCCUGUGAUGUUGGUGUGUGCGUGUGUAUUAUAUAUAAAGUUAUAUAUUAAAUGAAAGAGCAACAACAAUUUGGAUUCUAACUGUGAGUUUAUAGUAGUGAAAUACUGUAACCAACUUCAUUAAUUAUUUUUUUUUUUAAAUAAAAAACCAACACACAAGCUCCAUAUAAAUAGUUGCCAUACACUUGGAGUUAGGGAGGAAGUGGAUGGAGUGUCUUGCUGUAUUGACUUAGGUCUUAGAAACCUUUAGCAAUAACAAAUAAACCUCAAGUUUGAGUAAUCCUGAUGUUGUUGGAUACGAAUGUUUGAUAUUUUAAGGGAACAUAGAAAUGUUUUGUUGUUAUAUGGAACUUGUGCAAAUUAAAAUAGAAUCUAAAGUCAGCAAUAUUAUUACUAAGAUUUUAUAUUAAAAAGUAGCAGCAAGCCUGCUUUCAGCCAUUUAAUUAUGUUUCUAAGGAAAAUUGGGGGAGGGGGUACUUUGCUUUAUAUAAUGUCCCAAAGACUAAUUUACUAUAGAUACUUCAGUAGCUAAAGUCAUUGUAUUAACAGCCAUCGUAACGCAAAUGGUACUGUUUAUAAUAUGAACUAAGAUUGAAUGGAUGUCAGACAACUUUCAUAAUUUUGUUUCCACUAUUUGUACAACUGUUUGUAAUUCUAACUACAAAGGAAUGUAUGACUAUUAAAUGAAAAAAAGAGAGCUCAUUAAGGGACAGAAGAUGAGUUGUGUUCCUACAUACAGUAAUAAGCUUGGCCAUGAGUAUAAAGAUAUGUUUUAACAAAAGCUAAAAAUGUAAAUAUUUAUAUAGACACCUGUAUAAAUGAAGAAGUAUGUAUUUGAGAUUUGUAUUAAGCAUACAUAUCCAGCUCAAAGCAGAGGGAAAAACAUCACACUACAAUCACUGCAUUUUAUGAAUACAAUGCAUAGAAUAUUUCUUUCUGCUGGUUUCUAUAAUUUGUGAUACUGUGUUGCAAUUUUCUAAUUUGUUGAAAAUCGUGGUAAUAAUGGGCUGCAGAUAUUCUGUGUAGUUCCAUUAUUUUACAUCAAAUCACAACUGGAGCAUUUAAUGUAAGUAGUAUCAUAGAUAUUUACCAGAAGCUAUGGCAAGGGUCCAAAAUUGUUCUGUAAGUAAAACAAAUAUUUACCCAGAAGUAGGUGGUAAACAGUGAAAAAUUAUUAUGCUAGAAUUUAGACUUAAUGGAGUGGUGAUGGAUUAAAGUGAACGUAAAUGAUGCAAACAGUUAUUUAUGAUCCUGACCAACUUUACCCAGUUCCACACCACCUAGUCAGAGCCCAGUUUGUGUUUGCUGAAAGCAGCAGGAAUUUGGUCACCAAUUUCAGGAGGAUCAGGAGUGAGGCUUUAAUUGUGUAUGUAACCAUGACAUUUUUUUCAGCAUCCCUAACUCAAAAGUAAAAAGAAUUGCAAGCUGACACUAAGAUUUAGCAAAAUUAAGCACAAGUGUAACUCCUAAGAAUCUGAGGAUGAGCAUCUUGGUGAGGCAUGCACAGGAGUAGAUUUUUCUCAGUGAAAGCCCAAGUGUGCUACCAUUUUUUUUCAACAGAUUUUUUUUUUUUUGGUCAGGAUGGACCCCCAACUUUUUUUCAGCUUCCAAAAAAUUUCAAGCAUCUUCUGUUUCAUUUUUGAUUAAAAUCUAAAAUUGUUACUUAAUACUUCUAAUAGUAACAUUAUGUCCUCUUUUGUCCUCUUUCAGGCAAAUUGUAUCUGAAUAUGCUUAUGCUAAUUUGUUAGAAUAUGAGUCAAACUCUUUCAGUGACAUUGCAAUUGAAAUAAGGUACUUGUUUAAUAGUGACAUUCUAUUCUAAAAAAGUUACUGACUUUUCUCUUGCAUCUAAUAAGACUAAAUUUCUUUCUUACCAGAAACUAUUUCAAAAUAAAAUGGUUAUUGCAUUUAACCUGGUUUAACAAAAUCAGAAAAACAUAAAGCUGUGUUAAGUAUCCUUUAAAUGCACUUAAGAAAUCUGCGCAUAGAAAAUAUGAAUGUGUUUUUCUGAAAUGAUUCCUGAGUUUUCACCAAUGAUUCCUCUACACAACAGUCUGAAAGUUUGUAUGUAGCCUUUUAAAAAUCAGUGUGCUUUCUAAAGGAAGGUGGCAACUAGUUCAGCUAUGUCAUAGUCAUCUAGCUUCCAACUGGGAUUCUGCUACGUGAUAUGAUGAUAAUUUCCACACACUUUAAAUCAAAAAGCUUGUGCAACAUCUUUGAAGAAACCUUGACUUUUUUCGUAAUAUACUUUGUACUAUAAAAAAUCCAUAAAAUAUUUUUGGUCUAAAAUAGCCUCCUUCUAAGUUUUUCUUUAGUUGCUUGUUGGGGUUUUUUUUUAAGUUUUGUUUUUAACUCUGAGCGUGUUCUGUGGGUUUUUUUUUAAAUUCAGUUCCUGUUGUUUAGUAAAGGAAUUCAGGAUCUCUGAAGUUUAAAUAUGAGAUGUUUAUAUAGCAGUUCUGGUUUUCUAUUAGCUUUUAUACAGUAUCUUAAGCCCUUGAUAGAAGUGUUUAUUUUGGAGGAGACGAAAUAAAUAUGCUUCCACUUAUAUAACUUUAAUAUAUGUUUUAAAAGUUAAAUUAUGAAAAAAUGUUAGUUGCUUGUUUAUAAAUAAAGGUCUUUUGAAGAGUGUCUAGUUUGGCCACAAACAAAAUAAAAGGCAAAUUUAUUGAUACAAAAACCUGUCUUCAUCAUAACUUGUUUAAUUUUGUAGUUGUGUACUAAAGUGACACAAAGGUAAAGGUCUUGUUAAAUAUAAAAAGUGUUUUGCAUUUUUUCUUAAAAUUUGUGACAGGAAUGUGCAGAUGUUUUAAUAUAUAGAUUAGAAUCUUUAAUUCUUUCUUUUUUUGCUAUUUUUAUAAUCUGUCAAAUAAAUCUCAGAGAACUGUCCUGCUUUGGUGGAAGUACAGUGGAAACUUCCAUUACAUUUAAGAGGAGCAGAGUUGAGCCAUGAAAUGUAUUUUGUUUUGGGACUUUUUUUCCUUUCAGGCACUGUGUUGGUGAAGUGUCUAAGCCUAUGGUUAAGUUCCACUGAGAUCAGUCUUAAGGUUUUUUUAAAUACGUGCUUACGUUCUUUGCUAAAUUGGGACCAGGAUCAGCCAUUGAAAGUGAGCAAUGGCAGAAAAAUACAUCCAGAUUAUUUUUUUUUUAAGUCUUAGAACUAAAAGUGAAAAUGAAUUUUCCUCUACAUAAAACCUGCUUAUACAGCUAGGGUAUAAUUCUGUCAUUUACAAAAAACAAAGGAUGUGAACCAGUGAUAAUACCGACUCCUUGUAUCUGCGCCAUUUUUAAAUUUUUUUUUUUUAUUUUUGGUAAGGGUGAAUGAAACACCCUGUGGCAGUUAAUUGUGCAAAUAACCUGCUGAAGCAGUGGGUGACACUAGAGUUUGUCUUGUGUAUUUCAGAAUGCAGAGGUAGCCUUAUCUGUGAAACAGAACACAGCUGUAAGAGACUUGUUCCUGCAUUUCCUAUUUAGGCAAGCCUUCUAGUGACAUCCAGUAGAUAUUUUUUUUGUGUGAUGUUUGUUUUCCCCCAAGUAGGGCAUGCGGGUUUGGUCUGAAGCUACAUGUACUCUGUUUUUGUUCCAAGCUUCCGGUGGUAAAACUAGAAGUUCCUCACGUGGGAUAAGGACAGACUAUGCCUACCUUCUUGGCACUAACAAUGAGGGUGCAAAUAUAUGGCAUGAGCCUGUAAUCUGGCAUGUGCCUAUACUGUUCAAUAAAAUUGUUUACAUUUUCCUACCAGAAGAUUUAGAUAAAAAUCAAAGCAAGCUUAGGGAUUUGGGUUUUUCUAAUGUUGCUGUUAAUGAAUCAGUGUUAAAAUCUUUUUUUGUUGUUGUUGAACACAGCCUGAUAGUAUUUUUUAAUGUCAUUGAUUCUUGUUUAUUUAAAAUGACUUGUGAAAAACUGUACUAUAACUGUUGUACAUAAAGGGACACUAUCAAGAGAAAGGUUGUAUACAGUAAAUGUACUUAUCUGUAUUAAGAAUACUUGAUAUUAAUAAAAUCAAAGAAUUUAAAAACAUGAAUUGACUCAUAACACUUGCUGCUUGGGCAUGAAAAUGCCUGUUAAGGGCAUCCUAGGUUGUUGCAAGGAUGUCUGAAAAACAUGUCUGAAUUCUGUGGGCUGAGCUUAUUUUUCACGUUGCUUUUCUCUCACUAUUCCAGAAUAAAGGACUCAAUCCAUUUUUCCAAUUUCACAGGGAUACACGUUACCUUUUAAAGACACAAGCUUCCCACUACUGCAGCAGCAUCUUUUUAAUUAAAAUAUGUACAUAAAACAAGAACAAAGUAUCUCUUUGCAAUGUAACAUGCAAGAUACAUAUAAAGUACACAUUUUAAGGCUUAUUCUUGACAGUGUCCCUUUUAUAAAAAGCAGGAAAAUGGGAUCACUUGUAGUGCUUGGGUACAGGGAAAUACUUUCCUACAGUUUGUAGAAACUGGAAUUAUCCAAUAUAUUUACUAUAGAAUUUUCCAAUUACACGAAAUCACUUGUCAUUUUAAAGGAUUAUUGAGGUAAGACAAAAGAAGCUGGUUUUAUAAUCCUUAUAGUCAUUGUAUAUCAGUUCAAUACACCAGUGUUGAAUUUUGAUUAAGGAUGGGUUUUUACUUUUUUUAGGACUGAGACUUAGUAGCUUAGGGCAACUUUUUCUUUAAUGUAAUGUAAAUCCAUUGCUGCUUUGUACAACUUUUUCUACUGUGUGUUUUCUUUACUUAGAUCUUGACUAAGAAAUAUUGGCGUCCAAUAAACUUACACUUUGUUUCUUUUGAA